AGGCACGUUCGUAGGCGCAACGGCAGCUGUUCAGUAUUUGCUACUGGAAGACUUAACGGCUUGCUAGCGAUGAUAGCAUUGACAUAUUCUCCGCAAAGGCCCAAACUGCAUCCAUUUGAUCGAAUACAUGGGAUCUUCUCUUGGCCCGGUUGCAAAAUGACAUCGAGGUGGCUAUUACUAAUGUGCACAGCAGCUAUGAUUGUGGAAAAUUCGUUACUGGUUUUUGCAACCGCUGCCAGUGGGGAGGUCUUACUAUGUGGCGCACCGCAGAAUAUUGAAAGCUCUCCCCGAAUCCACUGGGGAUAUAUUGCAUCACCUAAUCAUGCCGGCUCAUACAAAGGGAAAGCGCAUCUUAAUCGGCAAUGGGAAUGCAUGUUCAAGUUUUUACCGAAAGCAGACGAACAAAUUCAACUAACGUUUACUUACUUUAAUCUUCGGGAAUCCGACACAUCCCGAAUAGAGCAAACCUGUGAUUUUUCGGAUUCUAUCAAAAUUUUCGUGGGCACCAGCAAUCCCAACGCCUCCGAGCACGGAAAUCUGAUUGGAGAAUACUGUGGCCGCAAGCAGCCCGAGGCUAUUAUGGCCGUUGGACCAACGCCUUUGACCGUCUUCUUUACCGUACGAAUAAUGGAAAGGCAUGACAUAUUCCACGCAUCUUUACCGUACGAACAAUGGAAUGGCAUGACAUAUUUCACGUAUAGAAGAAGUCCACGCUCAUUGUACAUGUUUAAAGCCAAAUACACAUUCCGGAAGGAUUAUGGAUUAACCAAAACGGCCGCACAACACAACCGCACAGCAGGGUGUCAUUUUGUAUAUGAUGGGAGAAGAGUGCCGGCCACAGGAACAUUCGAAAGCCCAAACUUUGGAGGAUACUAUCCCUUUUCCACCAACUGCAUUUAUACAUUCAGAACAUUCAACAACCAAAGUCUUCAACUGCGAUUUAGCACAUUCGAAGUGGCGGGACAAAAAGAUCGCAGUUGUCGGGGAAAGGGUGACGAUACGCUGCAAAUUAAAGAGGGUGAACACCGGUAUGACUGGACUGAUUUUGCUGCUCCAGCCGAAAAUGAUCCGGCAAAACGAGAGCCCACUAGCAACCUAUACUGCGGCUACAAAUCCCCACCCCAGUUCAAUUCUACGAGCAAAGUUGUUUACGUAAUUUUUAAAUCAGGACUGCGGCGUACGAAUCUUGGCUUCCAAGGGACUUACGCAUUCUUCGGACAUCCAGGAAUUUACCUUCCGGAUACUGUGACAGCGGUUUGAUUUUAUAAUGUUAGCGAGCAGUGCUUUCUGCAUAUUACUUGAUUUAGGAACUGCUUGACUUUUGUGUGAAGAAGCACCUGUUAUGGAAACAAACAAACGCUUAGUCAAGUUUCCUAUUCAGUUACUUGUUCGACCUGGGCGGCUGAUGGAAGCUGCAUCCGCUUUGGCGUGAUUCCAACUUCCCAUCCGUUGUAACCGAGCGGCGAUUUGCACGGCAUUUGUUUCUACGCUGAUCUUGUAAACUAUGUGAGCAAGGUUCAUAAAUGACGCUAAGUUCUGUUUUAGGAUUACAGACUACCCUGACUUAAUUUCCAUGCAAGGUGUACUCAAGCGACUUAACUGACAGUCUUACCUUUGGUGUACUGGGACGGGUUUAACUGAAUUU